UCUCUCUCUCUCUCUCUCUCUCUGCUGAUAGCUACUUAUCCCCGAAUGCUAGACUUAAUGUUUCUCAGGCGCUCUAAGGAAAAUCCGAGGACACAAAUGGUGUUUAUAUGGUGUUUGGGGUGCAUGUGGCUCAUCAUUGUAGGCGCUGUUUCUCGGGUGCGCGCUGCACAUAACCUGCCUCAGUGCGUGGAGGGGGAUUACUACUUUGAGUACACAGAAUGUGACAGCAGUGGCUCCAGAUGGAGAGUGGCGAUACCUCAGAGGCCAGGCGAGUGCAAGGGACUGCCGGACCCUGUGCAGGGCACUGACUGCACAUUCUCUUGUGGAGCUGGGGAGUUUUUGGAGAUGUCUUCUCAAGAGUGCACUCAGUGUGCAGCCGGGUCCUUCUCUCUCGGCAGUGGUAUUCGCUUUGAUGAGUGGGAUGACAUUCCCCCUGGAUUCAGCAGCCUGGAGACAUCUCUUGAUAACACACCAAACAGACAUGAUGGGCCAAGCUGUAACGGCUCCUCAUGGAUUGCUCGUGGUAGUUAUGUGGAGUCGAACCGAGAUGAGUGUAGUGUCUUGCUUGUCUACGCAGUUCAUCUCAAGAAGCCAGGCUCUGUCUCCUUUGACUAUCAAUAUGUGGAUAACAACAUCUUCUUUGAGUUCUUUAUUCAGAAUGACCAGUGCCAGGAAAUGGACAAGACGUCUGAUAAGAAAUGGAUGAAGCUGACAAACAAUGGACAGUGGGCCAAACACACGGUUAGUUUGAAAUCUGGUACAAAUGUGCUGUACUGGAGAACCACAGGAGUUACCGUGGGGGCUAAAGUAGUCAAACCAGUGCUUCUAAAGAACAUCCAGAUAGAAGGUGUGGCAUACAUGUCCGAGUGCUUGCCCUGUAAGCCGGGCACCUUCAGUAACACUCCCGGCUCUUCCUCAUGUCAACCCUGCCCCAGAAACACAUACUCAGGCAGAGGAGCCAGCUCUUGCACUCCCUGCGACAUGGACACACACUAUGCAUUGGAGGGCUCUACAGAGUGUAAGCCCAGACCUGCGUGCUCAGAGAAAGACUACUUCCAGAUCCACAGUGUUUGUGAUAAAGAGGGCAAGACUCAGAUUAUGUAUAAGUGGAUCGAGCCGAAGAUCUGUUUGGAAGAUGCUCCUGAUGCUGUAACACUGCCCCCUUCUGGUAAACGUGAGCCAUGCCCACCCUGUAACCCUGGCUUUUAUAACAACAACACUGCUACAUGCUCUCCUUGCCCACAAGGAACCUAUUCAGAAGGCCUCAAAGCGUGCCAGCCUUGUCCUGCAGGCACAGAGCCAGCCCUGGGCUAUGAAUAUAAGUGGUGGAACAUUCUGCCCUCUGGCAUGAAGUCGUCGUGCUUCAAUGUGGCCAACACCAAGUGUGAUGGCAUGAAUGGUUGGGAGGUAGCAGGAGAUCACAUUCGUUCUGGAGCUGGAGGAUCAGAUAAUGAUUACCUCAUCCUAAACCUUAAAGCUCCUGGAUUCAGGUUACCAACAUCAGUUAGUGGAAUCAGUGGAACUGAGUUUGGACGCAUCACCUUCGUGUUUGAAACCAUAUGUUCAGCUGAUUGUCAGCUUUACUUCAUGAUGGACACAGACAGACGAAGCACCAAUGUGGUGGAAUCGUGGGAAGGCAGUAAGGAGAAGCAGUCCUACACGCAUAUCAUGACUAAGAAUGCAUCUGUGUCUUACACGUGGGCUUUUCAACGCACUAACCAGGCUAAAGAUGGGCGUCAGUAUGUCAACGACAUGGCGAAGAUCUACUCAAUUACCGUAACGAACGCUCUGGAUGGUGUAGCUUGGGAAUGCAGGGCUUGUGCUAUUGAGUCUCAGCAGCCGGGUUCGGCCUGCGUGCCUUGUCCUGCCGGCUAUUAUAUAGACGAAGAAACCAAUCAGUGCCAGGAAUGCCCACCCAGCACUUUCCUCUCAGGACACCAUAUAUACGGCCAAGACGCAUGCCAGCCCUGUGGACCAGGUGGCCGCAGCAACAAGGAGCACAGCUUGUGCUACAGUGACUGUUCGUUCACACACACAGAGCUCAACAGAACUCUGCAGUAUGAUUUCAGUCCCCUGGGCUCCACCGGCUCCGUCAUGAAUGGCCCCAGCUUCACUUCCAAGGGCACCAAGUACUACCAUCUCUUCAACAUCAGCUUGUGUGGGACACAGGGUCACAGGCCUGCGAUGUGUACAGAUAAUGUUACAGACCUGUCUGAUAAAGAUUCUCACAGUGCUGAGGCCAACUAUGUAGAAACCUUUAUCUGUCAAUCAACUAUCAUUCCCUCUGAUGGGCGGGGCUUCAGGACUGCUCUUGCCUCACAGUCGAUCAGUCUGGCAGACACGUUUCUUGGAGCCACAGUGGAGAAAUCACUCAAUGGAGUAAAUGCUAGACCGGAACUCUUUGCUGCUUCAUCCAAGAGAGUCCCAGACGUCAACUUCUUCUAUCGAUCUCCACAGACGACAUCUUCUUGCCAGAACGGGCGAAAUACAGUACUCACGCUUCGCUGUAACCCUGAGAAGUCCUCUAAAGGAGAAAUAUUGGUACCCAGGGAGUGUCCUGCAGGAACCUGUGAUGGCUGCACCUUCCACUUCUUAUGGGAGAGUUCAAGCGCCUGCCCUCACUGCACUGAGGAAGACUAUCAUCAGAUCGAGGGGGCCUGCAAGGGAGGAGUACAGGACACAGUGUAUGUGUGGACAGAGCCACGGCUCUGUACAAGAGGAGUAUCUCUGCCAGCAAAGAGGAGCAAGUCGUGUAAGAUGAUGGAUUUCUGGCUGAAGGUGGGAGCUGUAGUGGGUGCGUUUAGUGCUGCCCUCCUUGUCGCUCUCACAUGCCACUUUUGGAAGAAGAACAAAAAGCUGGAGUACAAGUAUUCCAAGUUGGUGAUGUCAGCGAAUAAGGAGUGUGAGUUACCAGGAGCAGACAGCUGUGCCAUCAUGGAAGGCGAGGGAGAGGAGGUGGAGGAUGAUGUAGUUUACACUAAGCCCUCUUUACUGGGCAAGCUGAAGGCCAUCGCUACCAAGGUAACGAUGCUGCUUCAUCCUUGGGCUGGAUAAGGGCCGUGCUUUUGGAAGCGAGCUGACUUCAUGGGCCAGGGUCCAGCUCCGUGCGCCUGGCUACAUUUGUUUCACCAUGUAAACUGCAUGUCGCUGUUUCUAGGGCAACGAGCAGAGCUCCGAGACUGUCCAGCUGAAAUCCUCCCAGACGGAGAAAUGGGUGUGGGGAUAGAGGGAGGAGGAAGAGCAAAAGAGACAGGGUGGAUGGAUGGAUAGAGACUUUGAAGCUGCUCUUCACUUGUGAACGUGUACGCAUGCAGUGGCACUAAGCCAGACAGUGGAAGAGCUUUGGAGUAAAGAGCCGUGGGGAUUUGGGCCAGAAGAACAGAAAAGCAGAGCCUGUAAGACGGUUCUGUUUGAUGUCAUUAUCAUGUCGCUGUGCAAUCUGUCUGUCUGUUGGGUUGUGUGUCUCUUUUUGUAAUAAUGUUAUAAUACCAUUUAGGAUUUGGGACUUUAUUAGUAGGGUUAUGCUACUUUGGGCUGCACACAAAUGCUGGAAUUUAGGAACAGUUAUAACAUAUUUGUAAAUUGAAUCAAUGUAAAAUAUACUGGCUGUGUUUAAACGUGACACCCUGUCAACAGUGUAGUAACGAAAUCUAGACACCAAAUCAACUGAACAAAUGAAAAGCAACCCAAAUAAAUCCACUGUGAUCACACCUCUCUUAAUUAAAAAGUCAAAGUAUCUUCAGGAGAUAUACAUAACUGUGAAUUUUAUAAACUGGGGAGCUGUAUGUCAGAGUAAUUAAACCUGGCAGCUUUGGGACCCAGUGGAUGGAUCUAAAUCAGGAUUCCCUGACACCAGUCCUGAAGAGCUGCAGUCCAGCAUAGUUUGGUGUUUUCCUUGCUGAAAUACACCCGGUUUAACAUCGUAGGACUUUUUGAGCAGGAAAAUCAUUAAACUGAGCUUGAAUCCAACUCUCUAGGACUGGUCUAAAUAUACAGUGGGGUUCAAAAGUAUGAGGCCAGACUAAAAAUCUAGGAUUUUUGUUUCUACUUAAAACUGAAAAUAAACAAAGUUUUAGAAUUUUGAAAACAUGAAAAUCUUAAAUAUUUAAGAUGACAUUUUCACUAGGUUACUAUUUAAACUGAAGCAAAUGAUCAUGUUAACGCCUUUGUGCCAAGGUUCACAGUUUCAUUGACUAUGAUAUUAAUCGGAAUUUGUCAAUAUUCGAAUUAGUAUUGAGUCAUGUAAACGCCGCAAUCCGAUUGCACGAUUCAGAUUAAGGAAAUAUUCUGAUUCUCCAAAUUCUGAUCUGAAUAUGUCUUUUUUAAUUGGAAAUUUGUUGCAUGUAAACACUUAUUCAGAAAAUCCACUGAAAGGAGAUAUGUGCGCAUGCUCAGCCCGCUGGGAAUUGUGGGUGCUAACAGAUGCUUAGAUGUAGGCUAGGUAUUAAGCAAUGGUAACUCAGGCAUACUUUCAACAACCAUGUAUACAGGAAUACUCCGAUCCCUGUAUGCAUAUAAACAUUGUAUUCGGAAUAUUGCUGUAACCUGAAUAUAGACCUUAAACAAAAUUUGAUGUGCGUGUAAACGUAGUCACUGAGACUUAUCCCUUCCACUGAGGCACGUGUAUGGACAACAUGCUGAUGGAUUUGAUCUAACAUCAGGGUUUUCACAAACUUGUGGAAUCCAUGCCAGCUUGAGUUCAUGCUGUCAUUAAAGUAAAAUUCAUGUACAUAUUUUUAAGAUUCUAAAUUUCACUCAAUUUGUUGCUGAUAUAAACUGUAAUAAAAAAUGUUGUAAUAAAUUAGAAGAGAAUGCAAAAUAGAAGCAUUUUCACUAGUGGUCUCAGACUUUUGCACCCCAUUGUACUUAAUGUCAUUAUUAGCUCCGCCCUCUGAAUGCUUCGAUAUCUAUAUAUGAGCAUUUAGGAGAUAAGAUCUCUUUAGACAGAACAAACUGACUCUAGCAGAAGAGGAUGGAGUGCCUUUGCUGUUCCCUUUCAUUUUUCCUCUACUUUUGACAAAAGUGAAGUAAUUAAUUGUAUUGAGUGAAUAUUCAUAAUAUUAUUUUACAUUGUUCUUGGAGUGAAAUGAAAGCCAUACCAUUGUGUUGUACUGAAAUGUGGGGUUUCCUGAUAUGAGUUUUGAUAAUAAAUUAUGAUUUGCACUGAAA